ACACACACACACACACACACACACACACACACACACACACACACACACACACACACACACACACACACACAGAGAGAGAGAGAGAGAGAGGAAGACAAGAAGAUUAAAGAAGUGACACUUGGGGUAAACACACAGCAUAUGGAAAAAUAUGUCACCAUGUCUGGGAUCCAGCAGGCCAUGUCUCUCCUCAUCGCCUCCUUCCACAAGUACUCUGGGAAGGAGGGGGACAAGUUGACCCUCAGCAAGGCCGAGCUGAAAGAGCUGCUCCAGGCUGAACUAGGGGAGAUGCUUGGGAAAGCCAGUGACAAGUCAGCAGUGGACAGAAUCUUCAAGGACCUGGAUUCUAACAAAGACAACACUGUUGACUUCAAGGAGUAUGUCACCCUCGUGUCCUGCCUCACAGUGAUGUGCAAUGAGUUCUUCAUAAAGAAGUAGAGCACGUACACCACCUAGUGGCCAUGAUACAAAACUGCAGGAGGAGACCACUCAAUUUAACAGAGAUUAUUAAACAGCGAAGCAGUCUAGAGUAGUAAUACUGCAGUAAUAUAUAAUAGACAGGUUGAAUCUGGGAAGUUGUCCUUGUAAUGCAAAGUCCAUCGAUAAAGAAAUUAGAUGAGUAUGUU